UCAAUUGGUGGACGUCGGAAGUCUAAUCGUCUUGAGGUGAGGCUACUUUGGCUACUGCUGCUGCGAGAUAUUCGCCGCCGCGAAUUUAAUCCUCGAGGAAAUCUGUGAAUUUCGUCGUUAAGCAAACUAAGGCCAAUAAAGCCUCGGCAGACACAAACGAACCUUCAGCAGUAUAGACCGCCGACUCCCGGCGACCGACCGCUUCUCUUGUCUCUCUCUUCGUUGAUUCACGAUCGAACUAAGAGCUGCUCUUAUGACAUCCGGCAAGGAACCUACUAUGGGGGAGCAGCCGAUCUUCACGUGCAAAGCACAUGUUUUUCAUAUUGAUCCAAAAACAAAACGAUCAUGGGUUUCUGCAUCUACAGCAGCAGUUUCUGUAUCAUUUUUUUAUGACUCCACGCGUAGCCUUUACAGAAUAAUCUCUGUAGAAGGCAGCAAGGCUGUCAUAAAUAGUACAAUCACUCCUAUGAUGACUUUUACAAAGACUUCACAAAAAUUUGGACAAUGGUCUGACGUUAGAGCUAAUACUGUUUAUGGCUUGGGAUUUUCAUCUGAGAGUGAGCUACAAAAGUUCAUUGAAAAAUUCAAUGAAGUUAAAGAAGCAACAAAAUUAGCUGGAUCUAAAAUUCAGACAAAUAGUUCUUCUGUUACUCCUGCUACAAGUGCUAAUGUUAGUCCAAUCACAACUCGAUCAGGCAUGCCUUCAUCGGAUCAAGAUCUCAUUGAUCCUCCAAAUUCAUCAAUGAUGAACUCAAAUAUCUCUACUUCUAAUAAUCAAAAUCCAAAUGCCAAUACAAUCUCAGCUCAAAACAGCAUUUCCUCGGUGAGUGGUAGCCCUCUUCCUGGCAAAGUGGAGGAUGAUUAUAAAAGUAUAGUUCAUUCAAGAUCUCAAAGUAUUUCUCAAAGUACCACUGACAGUCCUCAACAUCAAGGAAAAGCUCAACAACAAUACAACUUAAAUAUUAGCAGUGCUGGUCAAACAGAGAUGCAACAACUCAAACAUGAAAAUGAAAAACUCAAAAUGGCACUUGCACAGAGUUCAGCAAAUGCUAAAAAGUGGGAGAUUGAACUGACAACAUUGAAAACAAAUAAUGCUAGACUGACAAGUGCACUUCAAGAAUCUACUGCUAAUGUUGACGAAUGGAAGAGGCAGCUACAGCUCUAUAAAGAAGAAAAUGCGAGAGUAAAAGCUAAAUAUGCUGAUUUGGAAGCAGGCAAGAUAGCAGAAGGUAACUGUGAGGCCUUGAGGUUAAGAGUGGAAGCUCUGGAAAACGAAUUAAGGACAAGGAAUGACGAAAUCAAAGCUCUUACCAUGGCAACCAAAAAUAAAGAUUAUACGUCUUUGCAAAAAGAGAAUUCAGAGCUUCGAGAAAUGUUGACCGUCGUUCACGAGCAAUUAGAGAUUUCUAUGAGCACUAAUAAAGUACAGAAGCAAAACUUGGAAACGUUAAACAAUCGGCUAUCAGGAUAUAUUCAAGAUUUGGUCACGGUGCAUCGAGAAAUUACUAACACAUUGCAAACUUAAAGCAGCCUUAGGUAAUUUUCCACUUACCAAUUAGAUGCAUUGCACAAUUCGGUAACGCGAUGAUCGUGCGUGUGAGACAAAUUAUGUUCAAAAAUACCUAUUGCUGUUACUUUAAAUAUUUAGAAUAUUAUUGAAAAAAUAAUUAAUUUCUCAUGUUGUAUAAUUGGUGUACGAAAUUCGUACGUAGUCAUUGACUUUUCCCUCAGUGUUUAGUUUUUAAAAUUUUCUUUUUUUCUACAAUGUUUUCUUUUUGAUUUUUAGAACUGUCUUCCAAUUAAUUAAGCAGUUUCUAGUUUUGUAACGAUUUUCCAAGUGAAAUUUAACAUAUCAUGUAUUUUCAUUUGGUCAAAUAGUACAUCGAUAGGUAUUUUUUGUUGCGCGUUGUUUUCUAUAAAUGGAAUCUCAAACUUAAUAAGAGUUAUCAUUAGCUUAUAAAAUAUGCAAUUUUUUGGGGUAGUCACAGUUUGCAUGCGUAUGUGUGUGCGUAUCUGUGUGCGUGCGUGCGUGCGUGCGUGCGUAUGUGUGAGUGCGUGUAAUUUUUUUGCGUCACAAAAUAGUGUGUAAAUAUAAGCUUACACUUUCACAUCGUUUGUCUCUCACAAUUGAUGAAAAAACAAGAUGAAUAACACGCAGCAAUUGACUAGAAUGCAGAAUUAUACGAUCGACACACAUAAUUCAUGCCAACAAAGUAGCCAAAAUUUUGAUAGUUUUGCAGUAUGAAAUAAUUGUUUUUUAAAGAAUCUAAUGUAAUCAGACUAAAAACUCAUAUGCGAAGCGUUUUCAUCUUUUCAAUUUUACACCUAAACUCUAUUAUACCUUAAUAGAGUGAAAUGAACAAUAAAACAUUAUAACUCAGGUGCAUCUAGGUAGGGGUAUUGAGACUGCUAGGUGCUAAUUAAGAUUGAUUGAGGGAUAACGAAAGUGAGGGAGAAAAAUAACUGUAACUGUGGAGAGCAAAGAUCUUAUUAUAAUGCCAUAUUAUAGAUAUUUAAAAGAAAUAAUAUUUGGUUGCAUCCUUUUCUUUGGGUAGUGUUACAAAAUUAAAAGUAGAAUGCAACAAUGUUAUUGAUGCUGCUUAGACUGAGCUAUUAACGAAAGAUAAAAUUACGUUAAUUGUUGUAUAAGUACCCAAUCAUAUUAAUUGUUUGAUAGUACGUUUUAAAAGUAUAGUGUUGAAGUCUGUAGAAAUCUUUUAAAUUGUUUCCCUAUAAUGAUUACAAAGAUCAUGCAACUGACGAACAAAAAGACAAAGAAUAAGUAAAUUUUAUGCAAUGUACAGUUUGAUAUUGCAUUGAUUGCUUUGAUAUUAUUAUGUAUCUCUCUCAAUGAAUUUUACUGUGUUAGUGAAUAUUCGUGCUGUAAUGUCGUUUUGAGUACGUACACAUUCAAUGAGCCUUAUCGUGGCAAGAAUGUUUUUAAAUGUAUCCAGGAUAUUGCUUUUUAUGCAUGUUACAAUGAAUGUCCAAGUGUACAAUAACAAACAAAAAAAGUAUAAAGUAAGUUUUAUAAUUGAUAGAUAAUCGAUAAGCAUGAUGGAUUAGUACAAGUUUUAAAUGAAAAUGAUGCUAUUCUGCGUCAAUGCACGGACCAAGAUUAAUUAGUGAAAGCAACAAAAAAACAAAGUAAAUGGCAAUUGUGGGUAAUGGCUACCAUGACAUUUUUAUUCUAGCCAGUUAUUAACUCUUAAUUGAUUUUAUUUCUGGACGUGUUAGGAUUCUCCAUUAAUCAAGCGAGUCUUUCCUUUUUUUCUUUUUCUCCAUAAUCUACAAGCUUCAAAGGAAACUCUAAGACAAUAAAUUCUGUUCCCCAGUGAACUUUUUUGCAAUGCUUUCCAUCAACUUUGUGUACCGAGAGACAUCGAUUUUUUCUUACUCCCCUUUUUACACAACACGUUGAAUUUAUAUAAUGGUUACGAUUACGCCAAGAUAUUUCUCGAAACGAAGUUGAUAGUUCCUUUGUGCUCAAAAGGCGUGCAGACACGCGUCCCACUUGAGAAUAGACUUGAAUAAUGAAAAAAAUUCUCUCUCAGCAUUUGGUUCAUCGAGGCUUUUCGAAACAUAUAUGAAUAUAUAUAUAAGGAUACUUUGUAACACUAAUGAACUAACAGCAGUAUAGUAUUAUUUAAUUGGGCAAACUGCAACAAAAAAAUGUUAAUCCCAACUUGUAAGAGCCUAAUUUAAGUUAUCCAAAGUCAAAGAUCAAAAGUAAAUAAAAAUUAAAAAAAACAUUAAUUGUAGCUUUGAUUUAAGCAAGCGUAGAAUUUGUUGAAAAAGAGAUGUAUAGAUAGAGUGCACGUUAUGUUUUUUGAAUAGGAAACGUAGGUCAAAGAAACAAAAAAGCUUUCGUAUUUAAUUAAAAUCACGUAUAGCAAUUAUAUCGUGCUCUCUGGAUUUUAAUCUCGUGUUACGCUAACAAUGCUGUUUUUUACUCAUUGUUUCGACGUAUUCAUAAAUUUGUGCGGGAGCGCGAAGAUUACUAGUUUUACGUCACGAUGUGGAUUCUCGUGGAAGUGUGACGUAAUAACAAAUCUUUUGUAAUCAAUAAAUUCCUCCACUUAUACGAGCACAAAAGAAAGGAAAAAAUGUCAACGCGAGAAAAAUGUAGAGCGUAGUAUAAUAGCAGAUAAUUUUAUCAAAUAUUUGAAAGAGGAAGGAAAAAAGGAUCCAUGAUAUUACACACUUUAGUUAACCGCGAAUUUAGAUGAAACCUUUAUACGUACCUGUCAGAUGUAUUUCUGUUGACAUAAUUAGUUGGAAGUUACUGCAGUGUUUAUAAGGAGGCAGCAGCGUUGUAAUUACGCGCGCGCGCCUCUUGCUUUCAAUGACGCCGAAAUGCCAAAAAAUUCGAUUAACUUUCUGGCUUUAACAUGCAAUUUUUGCCCUCCUUCGCCUAAUUGAUCUUUGCGAUUAAAAGCUGUAAAUUGAAUUUAGCGCGGAAAGGAAAAACACGUUCCCUUUUUAUAAGAAGGAAUAUAGAAUCGAGGUCAAGAUUACCAACACCCCCUGACCGGGAUGUACGUGUGUGUGUAUGUGUGUAAUUGUUAUAAUUAUUGCAGUUGUUCAUUUCAAUUGGGAAUGAAACGUCAAAUUACGCUUCAGCUCGAUUGUUUAUUGAACUUUCGAAGCUGUAAGCACCGACGUCCAUGUAUACACACGUAAGCUACCAUUGGCAGUCGUUGAGAUGCAAUUAAUUUUCAGUUUUGUUUCAGGGGGCUGGGAUUGUUUGGCUAGAAUGAAAGGUUUAUUUGCAGCGCGCGCGAGAGCUAGUUUACUUUUGCUUCGUAGGCGGAGUAUAUAGCGCUCUGCGCGAAAUAACGUUUCGCUUGCUCGGUCAACUUGAACUCGUAAGUAAUUUGGGGAAUGAGCUAUUACGCGGUGUGUAGCCAACAAUGCUCUACGUAUAUAUACUUUUCCUUUUGAUCUGUUUUUCAGCUGAAAUUACAUUCUCUGUUACAAUGCUCGACUGCCGCUUCUUUGUUGUGCGUCAUUUCAUACGACGGCUAUAUAACUAAUUAUGAAACUUGACUCGCUGUUGCUCGUCUAAAAAAAAAUAGAGAAAGUGAAACUUUCAAUUCGAAUAAUAAUAAUAAUGUUAAAAGAGCUAACGUUUGUUUAUUACUUCUCGAUGCUCGAUAUUGGCUUUUUAGUCUGAGCGAAAAUGGCGCUUUCGUCGAAAAUCAAUUCGGAUGGAAUUUUUUUUAUAAUCGCAUUUUUUAGAUUCUAGUGAAUAAUAAACCUCAGUUUUCCGGCGGCUAACGUGGUCAGUAUUUGUUUAAACUAAUUUUUUUUUAAACAAAUGAUUAAUAUUCGUUUUUCCGUCUCGAAAAAAAUAUUUUUCAAUUAAUUGAAUCAUUUGGAACAAAAAAGAUUGUUAUUCAUUUUCGCCUAAAGUUGAUAGUUUUCGAGUAAAAAAUUAUUAAAAAUCGUAACAAUUCGUAAUUUUUAAUGGCAAAUGACAUAUAUCUAAAUAUUCAACCUUUAUAUUUUCUAAAAAAAAUCAAAAGCCCAACGGCAAACCCCAUUUUUGGGAAUAAACAUUUAUUAAUAAUUUAAUUGAUUAAAAUUAACUAAACUCACUUUUAUUGUAUGUGACAUUGCGUCGAAGCGGUCGAUUGAGCACCCGUGCUGCAUUAUUAUAAAUGCCGCACUCGCGCGCUAUAUGUUUAUUGCUAAAAAUGGUGUUUGCCGCUGAGUUUUCGAUUGUUUUUUAGACAUUGUAGAGCAAAGUUGAAAGUUCAGAUAUAGGCCAUUGCCAUUCAAAAUUAGUUGUUUUUUACGUUGAUGGCUUUAAAAAUCGCAUAAUUGGAAUUUUUUCGAUAUUCAAUAAUUUUUUACUCGAAAACUAUCAACUUUAGAUGAAAAUGAAUAACAACCUUUUUAGUUCCAAAAGAUUCAAUUAAUUCAAAAAUAUUUUUUUCGAGGCUAAAAAAUAAAUAUUAAUCAUUUGUUUUAAAACAAUUAGUUUAAACAAAUACUGAUCAGGUUUGCUGCCAGCAAACUGAGGUUUAUUAUUUAUUAGAGUCUAUAAAACGCGAUUAAAAAAAGAAUUCCAGCCGAAUUAAUCUUCGACGAAAGCACUAAUUUCGCCCGGACUAUUUAGUUUUAGGGCCAACAUUUUUCUCUUUUCGCACUGCUGCGAGAAGUAGCUAUCUAAAUACGUACUCGCUAGAGUUAACGGUGAACGUCACGUCUCGGAAGAAGAAAAAAAGAAAAAAAAAUGAGCGAGAGAGAGAGAGAGAGAGAGAGUGAUCAUAACUUUUUUGUCAAGUUGUGCAAACAGAUGCGAAAACCAUGAGACCCAUAAACCCCUUUGAAGAUGACCGAUGAAAGAUUAAACUUUUUUAAUUACACGUGUUGAACAACGCUUUUAACGAGCAGUUGAAGCUUGCAAAAAAAAAGCGAGCCCGAGAGAAAGAGAGAAAGAAUAAGAGAGAGUAGACGAAACAAGAAAAGCUUUGAACGGGGGAGGUAAGAGAAGUUUAUCUUUAGCCUCUUUACUCGCUCGCUCGCAAGUGAUUCUUUAUCUUGUGGGGCAAGUGGUCGGGCAUUAAUUCACCAACAUGUCUUCAUCUGAAACAUAAUGGCGGUUGCAUGUUAAAGCCAAUAAAGCGCGAGAUCCGCGCGCCGUAGCAUUGUAAGAGAAGCGAUGUAAUAGUUCCUUUUUACAACAAAUAUGUAGUCGUCGCAACGAUCGAUUUCGUUGUUUUUUUUAUAUAUAUAUACAUACAUACAUAUAUACGCAUUGCUGCACGACCUUAUGAAUGCUCACUGAAGAAAAGCCGACAGGUCUGUUUAAUGUAUCUCUGCCAACCAAAAAAUAAAGCAAGAAGAAUGGGUGUCCGUAAAGUUUGCAUUUACAAAGAUCUUUUGUGUAUUUUUUCUUCUGUGCAUGCGAAACAAACAUUUUCCUGAUAACGAAUGAAUGUGUACGUGUCAAAGCAUCCAGGCUUUGUCGAGCGAGCGCGAAUCAGCAGCGAGCUUUUCUUUUUCAUGCACAUCUCCCAAUUAUCGUUUCCCACGAGAGAGAAAAGGGGCAUGUAACACAGUAGGCCCGCUUGUCCAUAUUGCAAAGCCAAAGUGUUGGCCCGCUCUACUUCCUACGGCUGUUUUUUGCACCGCGCGCGCGGGUAGUAAUUGGACGCCACUCGCCACGACGACGCUCGAGAGGCUUCUCUUUUCUUUCUCCGUUCGUCACCACAGCCAGUAGUUAGUUCAGACUUGGCGGAUAGAUCAAGAGUUUUCGUUGAGGGACAAAAGAAAAUGGCAUUGCUGCCUUUGCUUGGAUCCGAUAUAUAUCGAUGCAUUUAUCAAGUCACACGUUCGCGCACGCAAGCAGAAAUAGAAACACUUGUUUUUUAACGAAGCCUCCGACGUCUAAUUAGUGAGCGCGGGAGUCGUACUGUUCACUUCGUCCUUUUUCUUUGCCCGCAGUGUAUUUUCGUUGUUGUUAAGUGCGCGCGAAUUGUCACGAAGCUCCGUUGUACGCACACCACACACACACACAUACUCGCGCUUGCUGUACGGCAACAAAAAAAUACGACGAUACUGACUUUUAUCCUUUUACCUUCACUGCAACGUCUGUUUCUGUAUAUACGUAUGCAAGCGUGCAUAUUUAUAUAUAGGUACACGUCAGUCGAACAAAUGGUGGCCAGUUUGUGUAUGUUUUCCAAUUGUUAUUUCAUAUGUAUAGGUGCCAGAAAAAGGCGGCGCGUUUGUACAUGAUAUAUAUUACGACAUAAACAUCGCAUGAAAAAUAAAAAAAUAAAAAAGAGGAAAACAAAAUAAUUGUAUUGCGAAUGCGACGUAUGCAAAACAUGGAUAUAUGCAAUGUAGAUCAGAACACGCAUUUAUAAUUUAAUUAACUAGUCAGCGCGCAGAGAUUAAGCAAGCGAGUGAGAAAGAAAGUUGAUUAUCAUGAUCGUCAUCACUGAUAAUCAUCGUCGUCGUUAAAUUUAGAUUUUAAGAGAGACAACAAACAACAAACGACAUCACAAUUAUUGCGAUGUGUGUGUAAUUAUUACAAGUUUUAUGAUAUAUCGUCUCACAUGAACUUUUUCUUUCUUUUCUUCAAAUAAAAAUAUUGUAUUGUCUGAUUAUUUCAUUUUCUUCGCUCGUCUAAUUUAUAUAUAAUCGGCUGUUAAUAAAGAAAAUAUCGUACUUUUAGUGAUGUUAGUGAUGCUUUACUCAUUUCACACAC